AUGGAAAAACAAAAACAAAAGAAGAAAAAGGCCAAAUCCGAAGAUGCAGAGGAAGAAUCAGUGGAAGAGCCAGCGCCAGUGGAUGAUGAAAUUGACUUGGAUUUCUCCGAAUUGAUGUUAAAACACAGCACUUCGACGCCAUUGGAAGAGAAAAAUGAUCCCUUUGAGGUUGCCGUGCCUCAACAUGAAACGAUCCAAGAGUCUCCUGUCGUCGAAGCAAAUACCGCAGCUGAAAAUCCCUCUUCUGACCUUUUCAUCGAAGAAAACAGUCUCGGAUUCAUCAAUAUCAUGACGGAAGAGUUGCCAGUGCACGAAAUCGUUCCAAAAAACGAAGAACUUUUGCAGGAAAAUCAAAUUCCGUCGGCGCCAGAAGUUUUCGACGAAAAUCCGAUUUGUGUCCCGAUUUCUACGGUAAGGGAAGAGCCAAAAAUUCAACAUCCGAAUUUGAUGGGAGUUCAAGCGGAGUUACUUAAUGCGACAUUUAUCGAUAUUUCUGCGAUGAAACCGUUGACGGUCCACGAGUUGAAUGAAUUGUACGAAAAUCCGUAUUUGCCGGCUGUGCUUGCGUUCGAGGAUGAAUUUGUGAAUAAGGAACUCAAUGAGGAAUAUAAUUACUCGAGUCAUCCGUUGUAUGAGUUGCUGGUGAAGUACCAAAAAAGUCGUCAGAGUCUCAAGGUGAAUGCGAUUGACGUGAAUGAGCUCAAAAAUGGGUGUCAGAAACAUUUUAGCAACUGUUGGACUUUUCAAAAGGGCACGGCAAGAGGUGAAGGUUAUUGUAGUGAUAGGAAAUUGUGCAAAGUUUCUCAGGCUUAUGAGUACUCCACACUCAACACUUCAGUUGUGGAUCAACUGAAAAACGACUUAAAAUCCGUUCUCGAGAUCAGUGGCUACGUUUACAACAAAAACCUCUACACCUCAGCCGUUUGCAAGCUCCAAAUCGAAAGCCGCAUCCGAGAUUUACUGGAAUCUGUUCCUUCUGCCACGCAAAAUCCCGAUGUCGUACUCACCGAGCAUCCUUCCGUCAACUUACAAGACCUCCGACUCUCCUUGUCGAUCCUUUUCUCCUUCCUCCGUAAGCCAAAUAUGGAUUCCGUGGUGAUUUCCGACGUCAAAUCGUGGAUUUUGCGUCUCGUGGCAGUCCAAUUGCGUUUCGCAACGUGGCAAGAUCACCUUUUCUUGCUUUUUCACGUCUUGCGAUGUCCCGUGGAAAUUGGCACGUGGGCUGCUUGCUGCAUUCAAGUGCCGCUUCAGCAUCUAGAUCCGUAUUCGAACUCGCCCUACGAGACACCCGCCGUUCAUCAUGCCCUCACCGUGCUCAUGGCACUGCUGAAACCCGUCAAACGGCGUCAAGAGUUCCUCGGAAAAAUCAAAAAGGAAUUAAUUGAUCCGGUUCAGGAGAAUUUGUGGGUGCUCGUUGACUCGGAUGGCGAAGAUGCGGGUUCGAAUGUGAAUGAAGGACCGCGAGAAAAUGACAUGGUGGCAAUUUUGAAUCAAAUUCCGCUGGAGAAGCUCUUUAGUUGUGUCACGUGUGCAAUUCCGAAAGACGAUGGGUAUUACAUUAAUUUUAGCAGUGUGAGUGGGCAUCAUUUGUUGAAAUCGAUCGCGUUUGCCAUUAAGCUCAUUGAAAUGCUGGGACAAGGACUGAAAACGUAUGAAAACGAAAGAUAUCGACAGUUUUGCAAACGGUUGGCGCGAAUUAUCAAACAUGUGGUGCAAUAUGUCAGUGAAAUGCAUGAAAUUUUCUUAUUAUCAAAAAAUGAGACUGAAGCCUCUCUGAGAACCCGAAUUCAACUGGAAUACAAUUAUUUGGUGUUACGAGCCUGCUUUUACAUCUACAACUCGCAACGAAUCGGCACGUGGCAAUAUUUAUCGGGCUUACCGUUCACCUUUCUCUCUAAAAAUACGCUUUACAAACUGUACUACGCCUUCCAAACGGGCUUCAACUACCAAAUAAUCCACGAUUUCACGACAAAUUUCGUGGAAAAAUGCUCCGAUCCGCAAUUAAUCAAAAAAUUCGUCAACAACAUUGUGGAAAUGCAGUCCGAAGACCUUUAUUACUUACUACAAGUGUUCUCGUCGAUGGCUUGCAGUCGCGAAAUGUACGACUGGGACUUUAUACAAACCGUUACGCUGGGUCUCUACGAGAUUGGAUUUGUCAAUGAAACAUCACGAGAAUUGAGUUACAAGUCGGUGAAGGACUUGAUAGCAGCGAUUGCGACCAAAUUUCCCGCAAUUAUCUCGGUUAUUGUGCAACGACUUAAAACGGAUAUUUCUGAAGUCUCCACAUUCAAUCCGUACUUAAUGAAAGCCCUUCCCCUCGAUUUAUGGCAACCAACGAUGCCCGAUCUCGAAGUCAUUGCCGCCUGGCUCUUAAACUUCUCCUUCGAAAGCAUCGAAAGUCAAACCACCCGCAUCAUCCUAAACCGCCUAAACUGGAAUUUCACCACAGACGGCACCUUAUUUCUCCCUUACGACAUCCAUCUCCGCACGGCAUGCCUCAUUUGCGAAGUCGCCACGAAACACGUGCCCGAGACAAUCGGCUUGAGCGAAAUUUCCAUCACGAAUUUGGUGAAAAAUCAAACGUCCCGCACGCAAUUCGCAAACUGGUGUUGGAACAUGACAUCCCGCCUGCGCUUGCACUGCAUGGACCAAGGCACGGAAGUGAUCCGAAAUUUCCUGCGAGAUCCCUCGAUGUUCCUGCAACGCAUCCCCGAGCUAGAUAACACGGCGAUUUUGUGUCAGGGUGUCAGCGAGUCGCGUCCCCUUGCGGUUUUCAUCUCGUUACUCGUUUCGCUGAUCGGACAUUCGGUGCCGCAAAUUUGUCACAAAGGCUUGGAACACGUAAAAUUACUGUUGAACGACAGUCGUCACACAAUUGUGAUCCGCUGCUUGGAAUUAAUUGUCCCGCUGUUCCUCGAAUGUCCCGAAAGUCUCAGUAGCUGUGAUAAAUUUCAGACAAUUUUGACGCAAUUGCUCAAUGAUCGCACGUACCAAAAGUACACGAAGGAUUUUGUGAUAAUUCAAGCCCAAAAACCGGUUUUACUCCUUCUCGGGAACAUGAUUCAGCAUCAAAUCAUCAAUUACGCAAGUUACGGAUUACCUUCCCCGACAAUUUUGAUCAACAUUUGGAUCGAUUGUCUCACUUACAACUCAAAUUGGGUCUCAAAUCCGAACUGCGUGCACAUUAUCGACCUAAUUUCGCAGAUAGCUUAUCAAUUUCCCGACGCCUGGUGCCUGUUAAAGUCCCGUUUCGUGCCAUAUUUCAAGGAAAUCGAGUCAAUUAAGGAACCACAGAGCUCCGGUUUGUUCAGUUUCAUCAGCGGAGGCAGUUCCGGACCGUUUAACGGCUUAUCUCAACCCAAUCCCGCCACAAUUUGGUUCUCCCUGAUGACUUUGGAGCUGGAAUUUGAACUUAUCGAAUGCCAAAAAGGCAUUUGGGCGGAGUUUUUGAGACAAAUUUACGCAAAUGGCACCUCAAAAGGCCCAAAUCUCGAUCAAAUCCUGAAAAAAGUCUUGAAUUUAACCGGAUCUCAUCAAUUCCCGGUCUCGCAAUUGGUGAUUUUUAAAUUGGCGAAUUUAAUUGUGGCAUCUCCGAUCACUCAUUUGCUAUUUCCGGUGUUGUGUCAGCAAUUUUUUGCGUUAUAUCUCGCAAGAAUCCCCAUUGCUGCCGAUGAUCAACGAUUUUACGAGGUUUUUGGCGUUGCGGAUCGAUUUUACGCUGUAAAUACGGCUUUGAUGAAGAAAAUUAAGAAAAAAUUGCAAGACGCCUCGGAUUAUCACAAAGAAUUGUCGGUGGGCGAGCAGGAAAAUGCCCAUUUCCAUAACGGAUGUGUGAAAAUUUUCAAAGCUUACCUUUUGUGGCUUGAAGAAACGCAGCUAAAUAAAUUUACGGCAGCGACAAUUCCAAGUUCAAUCCCGGAAAUGAACAAAUUACGUGCGAUUUUUCAAGGAAAUCGUGCUCAUUGGACGGAAUUUGUGGAUUCUCGGGCAGUGAGGAAGCAUCAAAUUGACGACGCAGGUGAAUGGGCGAAAAUAAUUCAGCGGAACGAGCGGGGGAUGAAAAAAAGUCCGAGUGGCGGGUCAAAUUCGUCAUCUACGGUGAAUCCAAAGAUGCAAAUUGCUGAAAGGUUGGAGUCUUAUGACAAACCCUUGGAUCCUCCGGCUUUAUUUGACAUCAAAAAUAAUCCGUCGUUGCCAAAAUCGUACCUGGGAAGCAAUGCGGCGAGUUUUUUCCAAAAAAAUUUCAAGGACAUCAACGAACAUGCGAAGAAAUUUUGUGAUACAAUUAACGAACACAAGCAAUUUGACCAGAUUUACCUGAAUUUCGUGGCUUCGCUGUACAAUAAUGUCCCACAAACGAUUAAAAAACGUGUCAGCUGCGGUGGUUCCUGCUCCGGACACGCCACGAUCGCCUUGCAGUACCAAGAAUCCAAAAUGGACGCAAAAAUCUUUGAAAAAAUCGAAAAUAAUCGACGUCAAUACGAAAAUAUCCUCAAACAGGAACAAGCUGUGCCCGGAGUUAAAGUCGUGGAAGCUAUCACGCAAAUUUUUGAUGCCACGGAUUACUUUGCGAACAAUUAUUGUGCGUUAAAAAAUGGAAAUUUGACUGGAAAAGACCUCAAACAAUUGGAACAAGUUCGUGCAAACGGAAUAAAACUCUUUUACGCCAUGAUCGGAUACAUGAAGGAGCAUAUUCUCGCCUGUCCCAUCAGUGAAGACGUUUGCAAUCAUUGUGCGGCGAAGCUCGGAGUCUUUAUUCAGGACAAUCACAACGUCGAAGGGUUCAAAUUGCUUGAAACGGCUUUGUCACGACCAGAUUUGAUCAAUUUGAUUGCGGAACUUUUCUCGCCAACGCUUUCGCCAGCACCGUUUUUCAUUGAAAUGUAUCGCCUUAUGAUCGAGUCGCAUUUUAAAAAGUGCAAUGAACAUACGAUUUUUGUGCUAUUUUCAAAAUUUGAUGUCGCCACGUGGUUGCAAAAGUAUAAGCCGAAUGGAACGGAUGUUGGGACGUUGCUCAAACUGAAUUUGCGGGGGUUGGAGUGCUGGAAUCAAUCGCAUUUGGCGCUCAUUCAAGGGAUCCUCAGAAGACAAUUAGUUCACAUCUUUGAAUACAACUUCCCCGCUCAUUGCAUCGAGACCAUCGAACAAGUCCUCAUCGAGCUUUCGGAACACAGUUUCAAUCCCGAUGUCUUGUACGAUCUCCUCACCUCGUUAUACCAAAAAGCUGAUUGUGGCGCCUUUCCUUCCGAUCCGAGCUGUGACACGAAACCAGUGAUGAUUAAAUUUGCCAUGACUCAAAAUUUGCUGUCGUAUGAGACAAUCAAUGCCUUAGCGGCGAACGUUUCGAAUCAUUUUCAUCAGCAAAGGUUGCGACACGGACUUCAUGGAUUGUAUCCAAAGCACUCGAGUUAUUGUAGGACGUUGAAGUCGCUCAUUGGAACGAUUAGUUUUGCUUAUGUCCAAUCUUGUGUGAAGACUUUUCCAUCGAUGAUGAUUGAGCAUUUGAUCAACAUGCUCUGGACGACUUUAUGCCAACUUUUCACGCCAUGGAUCAUCCCGUACUACUUAAACGACAUGCCAAAUGCUGCUGCGACGUGGAUUCAGCAGCUCAGUGACAACAAAGUGAUGCUCCCUUGGAGUCAAAAAUACGUCGAAGACGCAAAAAUGUUCCUUUCUCUUUACGUGGAUGUCAUUAAAUUCACUAUCGAGUCCAUUCCGCAAAGUCAAAUUAUUUUAUCGCACGUUCUGCAUCAAUACGAAGUCGGUUUCGUGAAUGCCGGCAUGCAAAAGUACAUUUUUGAGCCACUUCAUGUCCAAUUAUUGACUCUUCCAUGGCAACUUUUCCACCCGAAAUUGCAUCACAUCGACUUGAUUCAUCGAAUUUUGCAGCAAUUCCUUCCCGAUUGUCACGCGUUUAUCGGUGGAAUUUUUAUUCGUGUCGAUUGGACCUCGUGGAUGCGAAAUUGCAGCGACAGUGACAAAAGUAUGGCAGCUAUUCUAACAAUUUUCGUGAAAAUCAGCCUGGAACCGACUUUAAGCGAAAAUCCCGAGAUGAUUCGGUUGCUGAACGAAAGUUUGCAGUUUCCGUGGCACGUGGUGACCCCUCAGGAGUUGGAACCGAUUUUCGAUUGGUUAAUUUUGUCAUCGGAUCCGCUGAUGAUCCUGAAAAUUCCCGGAAAAAUCAAAGGAGUUGACAUUCCGUUGCUUCAUCUGCUCAUCGUUGUCGCUGGUUUUGCUGGAGAAUCGAUCCCAACGACGUCCAAAGCGGUAAUUAACGCGAAAAAACUGCUGUAUGUGCGAAUGAUGACUCGAUUGUUACGCGGUUGUGGCACCAAAUACCACCAGUUGCUCUCUGGAGUCGAAGGAACGAAAGCUUUCAACGCAAUAAUCGCGGAUUUGUUGACUUUAAUCGAGAAUUCCGCCAAAAAUGAGCCAGAAAUCGACCGGGAAGCAAAUAUCACGACACUUUUCAUGGAAAUUCUGGGAUCCCUGCAAACGCAGAGCGAAUCAACAGCUCGAUUGUCGGUCAAUGCUGUCAUCCGAUGGAUGUUGAGUGCCUGUCCGCAAGAUAUUUCCCUCUUGAGUCUCUUGUGUGUCCUCAAUACCUUCAAAACGUUCAGUUUUAACGUUUGUCUCCUCAUUGAACAGACAAUUUUCAAUUAUCUCAAACAAACCGACUCGAGUGACGUCCUCAAACUCACGACGUGGAAAAGUGUCGUCACGCGAAUGGUCAAUUUUACCGCAGUUGACGUGCCUUUGCUCAUCCAAAAUGACUUGUUGCUGUGUUUGCAUCUCUUUUUGCUCGAAAGAUUGCGGAUUUGUGACUCAAAUGGCGACCGGAUUAUGUUUCUGCAAAGUGUUUUUGUUCAUUUUGAUAAAUUUAAGGCGACGGAAGCCACGGAAGGUCAGUGGUUUUUGAAUAUUGGACUUUUUAUCGAUGUUGGGAUGAAAAGUCUCGAUGGAGCAGCUACUUUUAUGCUGAGUUUGGCGAGAUUUUUGUUGAAUGAUGUCACGCAAACGGAACGGUGGGGUGAUGGAUUGUUGGGAGCGAUUGGACUGAAACGGGAUUCUGUCAGUAAUUCCAAACGAAUUCUAUCCCGAUGUCUCGCUUGUCUCAUCUUCUCAUUCUACGUUGAUGAAGCCACAUAUCCCGAUGCCCCCAAAAUUCGUACCGAAUAUCGAUCAGCAAUCGACGACCUCAAACUCCAAAUCAGCUCGAAAAAAUACUCGCAGCAACGUGAAGCCACAUUGGAAGUCAUCAAACAACUCGAACGCGGUCAAGAAGCCAAAGAGGACGAACAACAAAUGGGAAGUGCGGCAAUUAUUCGUCUUUUUUACAAAGACCACUUUUUGGAAACAGUCGAAAAUGCUUGGAAUUGA